AUGAAAUUCAUCCUUCUCCUCGCCAUCGCCCUAAUUUCUUCGGUAAGCAGCCAGUGGGGGGGCUACGGUCCAUAUGGAGGAGGUGGAAUGUACGGACCAUACGGAGGAGGAAUGGGUCCAUAUGGAGGUAUGGGUCCAUACGGAGGUAUGGGUCCAUAUGGUGGCAUGGGACCAUACGGUGGUGGAAUGUAUGGAAUGAGACGAUUCGGUGGCGGUUAUGGUGGAAGAAUGAAUCCACUCCAAGGAGCGAUGAUGGGUGCUAUGAUGGGAGCAAUGAUGGGUUAG